AUGGCGCUGUUCACUUCCCCGCUCUUUUUCGAUUACUCACUAUUUCAAGGACAUAAACAGCACUCUUUUACUUCCGGCGAACGGCUCGGCGGCCUACUCCGCCGAGCUUCGCCCGUGGUGAAGAUUCAAUUGUCGGCGCGGGCGACAAUGCGGUUGGAAUCAGGAGCCGGUGAGAGCCGCAAAGGUGCGGCGAUCCUCUGGUACAAGAACGAUCUUCGUAUCGAUGAUCAUCCUGGCUUUGUUGCUGCUUCUAAGCAUCCGACAAUACUUCCUCUUUAUGUAUUUGAUCGACGCAUUGUUUCUCGUCUUCCUGAUGAAAUGCUUGAGCUUCUCAUUUUUGCACUGGAAGAUUUGCGGAAGUCACUCAAGGAUAGAGGUUCUAACUUGAUGAUCAGGUUUGGAGAUGCUGAGGGUGUCAUUGAAGCACUUGUCAAAGAGGUGAAGGCAACAAAUAUAUAUGCUGAAGAAGAGGUGGAGUACCACCUAUGCAUAGUGUUAGAUGCAGUGCAGAAGGUUGUGAAUUCAACUGCUUUAUCUUCUGCCGAAGGGCGUCCCAGAUUGGUGGCGUGGAACUGCUCGUUGUAUGACAAUAAAAGCUUGGAAGAUCUGCCUGCUUCAAAUGAUGACUUCAAAAAACUGCGGAUACCUGUUGUUUCACCUGUCUCCCCGAAUGAGUUACCAGAUUCUAAGAUGGAUUUUGUUUGGGGCGAUGUACCGUCUUUGGAUGAUUUGCGGAAGUUUGUCGAGAACAAUGUUGUAAGACUAGAGGAUGAGUGGACAGCGGCCACGAUGAUAAAUGAGCGUCUGAAAGAACAGUUUGUGAUUAACAGUUCCCCAUUCAGGGGUGUCAAACUUGUAAAUGUAGAGAAAAUAGAAAACGAAAGCAGCCAAGUGGAAGAAAGGAAGAGACCAGAACGAUCAGCAUUUAUCACACAACAGGGGACCUUUGUUGCUGGUGGGACGAGUGCUGUGUUGAAUGCUUUGGCUGCAUAUUUGCGUUAUCUAGAGGGUACUGCUCGAGGUGACUGGCAGGAAUUACAUGUUAAACUCUGUGAAGCAGAAACCAGGGAAGGAGCCUCAUUUGGUGCCCUUUUUGGACCUGCCCUUCAAUUAGGGAUCAUAUCAAGAAGAAGAGUAUAUUAUGAGGCAAUCAAGUACGAGAAGGAACGGAAUGGUGGUUUUCUAUCUCCCUUUGGAUAUUCAGCAGCCACCAUUUCUGCUGCAAUUGAUACUGUCUGUUCAAUGGAGUGGUAUCGGCUUUUGGCUUUAAAGAGUCAAGUAGCCGAGGAAGGCACUUUCUCUGUUAGGAUAUGGAGAUGGAAUGGCUAUUUAAUCCAUUAUACUGUUUCAGGUGAGGGAGGUCCUGCAAUUCUUCUUGUCCAUGGUUUUGGCGCUUUUCUGGACCAUUUCCGGGACAACAUAGGUCAAGUAGCUGAAAGUGGAAACCGAGUUUGGGCUAUGACGCUUGUGGGCUUUGGCAAAUCAGAAAAGCCAAAUAUUGUUUACACUGAGAUCAUGUGGGCGAAGCUGGUUAGAGAUUUCAUUAUUGAAGUUGUUGGGGAACCAGUGCACCUUGUUGGAAACUCAAUUGGUGGCUACUUUGUUGCUAUUGCUGCUGGACUUUGGCCUGCCAUUGCCAAAUCCGUGGUUCUUGUAAACAGUGCAGGCAAUGUCACUCCUGAGCCUUCUGUUGUCCAACUAUCUGAAGACAGGCAAACUUCUGGGGCGGCAUGGCUGGGUGCUAGGCUCCUUUUGCUAUACCUGAGGUUGAAUAUCAGGAGCAUAUUGAAAAGCUUUUAUCCGGCAAAGAUGGAGCGAGUUGAUGAUCAGCUUAUUUACGAGAUGCUCAGAGCUUCCCAUGAUCCUGGGGUUCUGGUUGUUUUGGAGUGCAUCUUCGGCUUCGAUCUUUCACUUCCUCUUAAUUCUCUAUUGAAGGGGUUUGAGGGGAAAAUCCUUGUAGUUCAGGGCAUGAGAGAUCCCCUGUCUGACUCCAGAUCUAAGUUAGCUGUAAUUAGAGAGCACUGUAAAGGGAUAGCUAUUCGAGAACUAGAUGCAGGCCAUUGCCCGCAUGACGAGCUGCCAGCAGUGUUCAAUGCUGUUUUAAAGGAGUGGGUACUGACUGUCGAAAGUGAGGUUGUGUCUGCUGGAUUAACAAGGUAA